UUGGAACGAAAACUGGCCUGCUUUCGUUGGGGCCCUCGCGCGCCGUCACUUCGAUUCCACCCCUGUGAUCGUGAUCAGAGUUCGAUGCCGCAGAAGAGGCUCCGCCGCCGCCGCAGGAGGUCUCCUCGCGAAGGACGAUCAUCCCGCCGGCGCCGUGAUGAAGAAGGCGCAUCUUUAUCUGCCCCCGUUGUCGAAUCGGAUAGCAGCAGCAUGACUUCCGGCGCACCGGCGCCCGAACUCCUCGACGAGCCGCCGGCCCGCGAGUACGAGUCGAGGUACCAUGAGAUCCUCGCCUCGCGCCUCGCCCAACUGCCUCUACCAGCCUGCGCCGACGAGGAAGGCCCAAAUCUCCCCUCCGACGAAACCGUCGAAGCCCUCGUUCGUUCCUCCUUCUACGAUGACGAGCUGCGGGCUGCUCUGGUAGAGUACCAAGCCCACAAGCUCUUGAGCCGACCAGAUGAUGUCCAUGGACGAGAUGGAGAUUCAGGAGAAGUUGAUUCGUCCUCCUCACUGAUGGAUGAUAUCACCGAGGAGGAGUUCUCGAGAGACCGUGAAGUGCUCAGCUCUCGCAGACAUGAAAUUGAUCACACUGAGGCUGAAUUGGAAGAAGAGGAGGCGGACAGGCUCAGCCACAAGUAUGCACGAUAUCGCCUCAAAGCUUGCCUGUUGCUGAAAGGAAUGCCUAUUGACGAUGCUGCACUGGAAUGCAAGUACACUCCAGAGCUUGCCUUGGAUUACCUGAGUGAUGGAGCCUUCGGCUGGUGUUUCGACUUGAACCUCUGUUUGCCCGUGUCCUUGAGCGACUAUCAGCGACUAGUCCCUUGUAAUGAAGGGGGCGAUGAGUAUGAAAGUUGGAGUGAAUACCGAGAGUUUUAUAGCACCCCUGGAACUGAUAGAGAUUAUCUGCUGUACUGGGAUACAAUUGUGAAGGAUCUUAAGUGGAUUGAAGAACAUGUGCUUAAAAGCUUUUCUGAGUGGCAUGAAUUGCACGAAAAAGCUUCAUGCCAAGCAGUUAGGAUUGCUGCUAGGUUCACAAACAUCCAUCCGAGGCUAGCAUAUUAUGGUUUCCUGGAGUAUAAACAGAGCACACGCUUUUAUCUCAAGUUCGUGAAAGAUCUCGACUAUGUGUUUUUUGAGAUUUGGAAGCUGGUCAAUCGUCAGAUUUGUUUCAGAGAUGCUAUGCAGCAUGUUUAUGAGGAGAACCCGUUUCCAUUACGCAAACGUGAGUUGGAGCGCGAGCUGAGUCGCUCUGGCUCGUUCAGAUUGGAGGAACAAUUUCGACGGUGCACGGAGGGCAUCAGUAAGGAAGUUCCAGAGUGGAUAGCGCGUAAGUUAAUUUCGCAGGAAGUUAGAUUCAAGUGUGCUCUGCCAAAGACAUAUGCGCAGUACGCUAGGAAGAAGCUCAAGAUUGCAGAAGUCAUAGGAUUGAUUCCCAAGGCCGAGAUACAAGCCUAGUGUGUGUGUCGCUGGCGUGCAUAGUGUGGUCUUUUGGGAUCACAUCCAGAAACAAAACUGUAAUAUCGCAAGGUUAGCUACUCCACGUAUGGUUAAACGCCUACGCACUUGAAUGUAUGUGCAUGUGAUUUGAUUAUGGGCCAGUUCUUUUUCGUGGCUUAAAAAAAUAAGCUACGUGUCCCCGGCAUAAAAGAUAAGUCGCUCCCAAAAUUUGCUGAGACUUCUAGAUUAGUAAUGGCAUAACUAGUUCAGAAGCCUCAAUGAAUGAGGGAGGCGACUUGUGGAAAAAGCUGGGAAGGAGCCAGCUUGUUUUUAAGCCGCCAAAAGAAUUGACCCUAUUUAUCCUUGGAGCAAAUUGAUCAUAUUAGUUUUUACCCAACUUAAACCGUGUCCCUACUUCCGGCCCGAUAAAUACAUUUGAUUUGGUUUGUAAGGAAUUGUCGCAUGCGGUUUGUUAGAAAUAGGUUACUGGCUUUUGUUGCUAAUUAAGAUACUGCCGUCUUUCAGCAGCUAGAACAUUUAUAAAGGCUAUUCUGAAGAAAAGACAGUUUUAGUUUUGAAAAUUUCUUAUUUUUCGAUGCUAGUACAUAAAAGUUAAUUUUCUGAAGAAAUGUGAUUAUUUGCAGUCUAGAAAGGACAGAUAUGCCAAGUAGCUCAACACAGUAGCAAAAUACUAUUCCAGUCACCGAUAAUCCGACCAGACUUAUGCAUUAUUAAGAGAGG